AUGGCAGCUCCAGGAUCCCUACCUACGAGAGUGGUUGCAGGUGUGACUGUACCCGAUACGCCGCUAAUCACGAAAGCUAUAGAGUAUGUCCGUCAAUAUUCGACUGAUGACACGUUCAAUCACAUUAUCCGAUCCUUUUUGCUAGGGUUCAUCAUUGCCGACAAAGUUCUUCCCGAACGGGACCGCGAGGUGCAUGCCAUCACUGCGAUCAUGCACGAUCUGGGCUUCCCGAUCGGGCACCCUCCUCAUUCCGAGAUCAUCACCAAGGACAAGAGAUUCGAGGUUGACGGAGCCAACGCUGCGAGGAAUUUUCUCAGAAAAGAGGCGCCAGAUUGGGACAAGCAUAGGUUGCAGCUGGUAUGGGAUGCCAUAGCUUUACAUACCAUUGGGACCAUUGUGUUCGAGAAGGAGCCGGAAGUGCAAGCGUGUAGCUAUGGGAUAUGGGCAGAUUUCCAGGGUCCAGAUCGAGUGGCGGGUGGACUGCUGACCUGGGACGAGUAUAACCCCAUCGUCAAGGAGUAUCCUAGAUUGGGUCUGAUGAAAGGCUUAAAGGCGAACAUGUGCCAUCUUUGCGAACUCAAGCCUCAGACCACCUACGAUAACACGGUGGGCGAAUGGGGAGAUCGAUAUGUUGAAGGAUAUAGCAGGAAGGGGAAGUUGACUCAAGAUCUUCUGGAGACGUGCAAUCUCGAUGAUCUGUGAUCGUGGACAGGAGGAGCAGCGAUUCUCAGAAUUCGUGACCUUCGCGUACCGGCCACUCUUGACCUGUCACAACUCGCCUGGGUGGCAGUGUGAGUUCUGUCCUUGCCAUAGCCAAGUCACAGCCAUCAUGAGCCAGAUCGUACCAUAUGAAACGCUUGUGGGCGAAUUCAGAGAUGAUUUGACAGUUAC